AACAUAAACAUCGGUUUUAGGCAAUUAAAUCCAAAAUCGAUAUGCCUUUCCAAAAUCCAAACAAUAAAACAAACACAGAGAGUCGCAAAUGAUUAUGGAAGUUUCCAAAUUCAAAGAAAGAAGCACGAAAAGAAUCAGCCCCCCUCCCCCUUUCGGCUUUCAUCACCGAUUUAUUAUAAUCUCCUACAGAUCCCUCACGUCACAACCCCCAACAGAGACCCGCCUGCCUGCUUGCCUGCCCGCCCUUCUCCCUCCCUCCUUCCCAUUGCCGAAAACCCCUCCCUUUCCUCCUGGGCAUUGAGGAAAUUGAAUCUUGAUUCUGGGUUUUUGAGUUGCAGAGGCAUUGGAGCUCGGAGGCUUUGCGGUGGUUUGAUUUUUGUUGGGGAAUUCCAGUUCUUGGAUUGCGAAGGGUCCGAUUUACUUUCAGACAGUCCGGCUAGUCCACCAAGGCUGGACCAUUGGGAGUUGUGGAAGGAAGUGUUGGCGGUAGCAGCGUUGGUGAUCUAAAUAGGAGUGAAUUCAUGCAGGGGAGGGAUUAAAAUUUCUCCGCAAGAUUCCGUUCUUUCGCAUGUAAACAUUCGAUUGUUGGGUCCCUGAAAUGUCUGGCGGGACACCAGUAGGUGGUGGAGGGUUCAUGAGACAGAGGCAUAGUCAGGGAUACGCAUCAAGUGGUGAUGACCUUGAGGAUGAUGCCUGCUCGCGGUUGGCCCCAGGGCCACCGCCUGUCCCUAGAGGCAGAACCUGGAUUGAGAUUGUUGAAAACGUCCUUUGGAUUGCUUCUGCAUUGUUCAUUGUCUACUUUGGCGAUCGUCAUUCGAAUCUCAUCUAUCUCCUGUGGCAUGAUGGUCGAAUAAGGAGGGUACCUUUUUAUCUUGGGAUGGUAGCUGUUGGUUUGAAUAUUGUCAUCUUCUUCUGUACAAGUAUGCUCGCAUGGAGUGCAAGGAGAUGUGACGAGAAAUGGGAGCUGGCAAGUAUAUCCGCUUUGCCCUAUGUUACCCUGCUUGGGCUCGUUGCGUUUUGCUUGUUAUCCUUUGCUCUCUGGCCGAUCUGGGGUUUCUUAACUCUUCCUCUUCUGUUUACCCUUUUUAUGGCUUGCUUGGUCGUUGGCCCCUACGUCAUGAUUGGGUUUUUGAGACCACAGAAUGAUGUGCUCCGGACAGAUUAGAAGGCCCGAGCUUGAAGAUACAGUGUGAAGGUUAUCUGGCCUAUAAUUUUCAAGAAAGUCUGCUAGAGGAUCGAAGAUUGCUCGAACUUCCAAGUGUUCGGCCCUUACAAGGACAAAGCUGAUUGAUUAAAAGCCUUGAUCAAUCUUCUGCCCUAUCAGCUUCCAGCUACUGCAGAUCAGCAGAUUUUUCACAUCUCAUUCUUGCGUCUACGUAUGCUCAUACCUUGCAACCCCACAGUUGUGAAAACCCAAUGGCUGGGUCGGUCUUAGUUUAGAUGAAAUUCUUGUAAUUGAUUGUUACAGGUUUGAUAGAUUCUUUUCCCGAUCAUUGGGUUGUUUUGUUUUUCCUUUCCACUGGGUUGGUAAAUCGAUAGUGUCUGUGAGUGUUGCGCGAGAUUCUGUGUGCCAAAGACUGUUCCGAUUCUUCGAUUUGGGUCAAUCUGUCAAGUUGUUUGCAUUCAUACGAUAUAUUAGGAAGUUUAGUAA